GGUAAAUGUAAAUGUAACGCUUGAUCUGUUCGGAUACCUGAAAUCGACGACGUAAGGGGUGUGAUCACUAUAACAGUUGCAACUCAAUGUGUAUGGAUAGAUGAACGGAUGCAAUGGGAUCCUGCUGAUUAUGGGGGCAUUUCUAAAAUUCUUAUUUUAACAAGUGAAGCCUGGACUCCUUCUAUUUCACUUGGAACGCCUGUUGAAUUUGCUACAAUGGGCUCGGUUAAUAAUCAUGUAAUCUUCUUUCCAAGCGGGUUCGCACUGUUUUAUCCAGGCGCUGUUUUGAAAAGUGCAUGUGGAUUUAAUAUGAAAUUUUGGCCUUUCGAUAAACAGAUAUGUGAUGUCGGAUUUUAUCCUUUAGAUUAUACAACGGACCAACUAUUAUUUACGAUUAAUGAUGGGGUAAGAACUAAGUCAUUCACUCCAAACGCUGAAUGGGUUCUUGAAGAUACAUCAUAUUACACUAUAAACACGGCUGCAUAUUCAAAUGCAAAAUUUCGGUUUAAACUGAAACGGCAAUCACUCUUUUAUGUUCUAACCAUUAUUUUACCGAUCAAUGGUAUCGCCGGACUUACCUGCCUCGUUUUUCUUUUACCUAGCGAGUCUGGUGAACGCGUCAGCUAUGCAAUUACGAUAAUGUUAUCCUUAGCAGUUUUCUUGACUGUGGUUUCUGAUGAAAUGCCAAAGUCCUCGGAACCGAUAUCAUUAAUGUGUUGUUACAUUCUAGCUGGAAUAUGUGUGAGUGUUAUAGGAACCGUUUUGGCCAUACUUAAUCUAGCUGUGUAUCACCGUAAGGAAAAUGUUCUCAAGAGACCGUGGCAUAUUUCACUCGUUAUGUUUUCAAACUGUACUAGAAAUAACAAAGUGAGCGAUGAACAAGACAGGGACAAGCGUAUUCAGGACAUUAAAUACGGUAAUUGCACCAACACAUGAUAAGACAAAAGCAACCAAGACACACAUCAUUAAAGUAAAUGAGGCCGAGAAUAAAGACGCUUAUGGUCAAACAAUAACGUGGCAAGAUGUGAGUCUUGCCAUUGAUAAGCUUUUAUUUUAUGCAAUGGUCUUUUUGACGUAUAUUCCAUCCAUUGGGUUCUUGAUAUAUCUUGGUGCAGCCUCAGAUUAUCAAAUGUGAAAUAGAUAUUUUUUGUAUAUAAUUGUAUGUCUUUACAGACUAUCUGUAUGAUAUAAAUACAGUUUUACAAGUACAUUGUAAUCUACUUAAUUGGUAUUUUGAAUAAUAUGACUUUCUGAAUAAGGGGAUAUUUAUACGUGUAAAUAUAUUUCUACAAUAGAGUACAUGCACUAGUUUAUUCUUUAAAAAACUUUCAAUCAUAGUUUACGUAGCGUUAUUUCAAGUAACCUUUUUUUCGUGCAUUUUGAAUGUUUCAAUGCAUGUUUCUACAUGUACAACAUUCAGAAGUUUGCUACAUAUUUAUUUCAUAUGACAGGACUUGCAUUUUGAUAUGAAAGCAUUAAUUGGAACGAACUAUUUGUUGAUUUUUCGCUUUUUGUUUUACAAUAUACCAACAUUUUUUCGUGAAUAAAACAUUGUUUCAGCCUUAACAAUCUUUUUGAUCAUAGAGAUCAGUUUGCAGUUAUGUAAUAAUAAUGUCAUUUAUUGAACUGUUCUUCACGCCUUAUUAGGUUAUUUUUAAUGCACCACUGUACACCAAACAAUUAAGAUUUAUCUAAAACUGUCAUAUUUGUUUUAACUCUU